AUGAACACGCUCGAAAAGCGGUCGGUUUUUAGGAUAUUUAACCGUUUUUUUCGAAUUGUUCGAGUGUUUUUUUUUUCACAUUUUCAAGGUGUUAAGGGUUUAAGAGUAUAUGCAAUCAAUAUUUUGAACUAUGUCGCGCGCCUAGCUUUUUGAAUUUACACAUCACUCAGCGUUGAUAUAGUCUGUUCAGAUUUUGAAUGUCAAGUCGUCGCUCAAGUCCCGCCCAUAAUGGUGCGAUAAACCAAUCAGAGAGCGAGCCAUCCACAGAGUGUUUUUGAAUGACGUCAUUGCACUUGACAUAAAGAAUCUGAACAGACUAUAUGCCUUAUUUAAAUAGAAUUUCCAUUCGAACUUGUUAUUUUUUUUAAAGCUACUGAUGGAUUUUCAAUAUAAUUCGCUCUACACAUUCGCAGUCGUCGGCCAAAGCGGCGUCAUUGAGUUGGUUUUUUCUGACUUUCCAUCUUAUUUUUAAUCCUUGUUUAGAGGUCCUUCUUCUCGCAGAAGUCAUCUCAGAGAAGUACAAGGAAGGAAGAUACCGCGAUAAAGCUCUCAAGUUCGUUGAAUACUUUGGAGGCAUGGAAACAUGUGUUCUUUCGAGUGAGUUUAAUAUCUAUUUAGUGAUAAUAAUGUUUGAAAGAUCUCGUCGCUAAAAAUCCGAACUAUGAUCCAUUUCGAUUGGCAGUUGAGUACAAUAAAGCGCAAAAGUUGAUGUCGGCUUCGAAUAAACCACUUUCCAGCAGCUUGCAGGUUUUGAAAAUGUGUUUUCACAGACAUAGAGAAGCUUAAGAAUACGGUAGUGACAGAUCCAGAUAUCAGCUUGAAGUUGUCGGGAUUAGAGUGUGCGGACAGCGGCAAGAGUCCGAACCCGUUGUCUUCUGAAGCGGUUCUUCAAGGUCGUGCUACUCUGCCAACUUCUGGCGAUGAGAAAGGUGAGUUCCAAGAAGCAGUUUUUUUAAAAAUUCAUUCCUCUAAUAUUUUAACUUUUAACAUUUUUUAAGAUCUUUGCGCAGUUUGUUUUUUUUGGCUUUUUAUUUGAAUGGAUUUGAUCAGAUUGCACGGAAUGCAGUUGAUUAGAUUACAAUCUGUUUAAAGUUUUAGUCUAAUUUCUGAAUGUUCAGAUUUUUUGUUGAAAUGUCUUCGUCAGCUUAUUAUUUAUCAGUUUAAAAACAUGUUGCAGUGCCCUUAGACGAAAUGAAGACAAGUGAAGUUCACGGAAUAAGGGAACAAUUACAUUCCUCCAAGCUCAUCGACUUGAAUACGCGAAAGCAAGAGGUUUUUGUUCCUUUCGCAGAAGGAUGGUUCACUUAUUCUCCUGGUGUUUUGCAAGGUUGGUUUCUUUCUCAGUUUCUUGUUCUUUAGUUUGCUUUGCCUCAAGUAAGAAUGUAAAUUGUGAAAUCUUCCUGAUUUACAAACUAUCUUUUCAUGAAUGAAAAUUUUUUUGACUCGUUCUUAGAUCGUGAUGCUAUUGAAAAUGCUCGGGAAAUCUUGAACAAAGCUAAGCUCUUGCCUUGGGGAAUCAGCAUUGCGAUGAUGAAGUUGGGUUUGUUUGUAAGUUUUCUCGUUAAUUUCUCGAAAAUUCUAACUUUUUUUUCAGACCAACGGCUGCAGAGUUUGCUGUUUGGAAAACUUUUCAAGUCUUCAUGAGAGUUUUUACCAUUUCCUCUCGGAAAAUCACCUCCGGAAAGUUUUUUUCUAUUUUAUAGAGCAAUUUCAAGUCAAGUCAUCCAGGUUUCCGAAAACAAAAAUGGAAGGUGCCGUUUCACGAAAUUCGAUACCGAGCUAGCCGAAAAAGUUUUGAAGGAGGCGCAAAAAGUCAGCUCUUGUGAGUUUUUUUGCUUUCUCGCGGUAACAAUAAAAUGUGAUAUCAGUUACUCAAGUUGUUUUUUUUUUCGAAAAUUUUAUUCGUAUUUCAGACUGAAAAGGCUAAUUUAAGAACUGUCCUAUUUUCUAGAUUUUUUUGAUACACUGCGUUCAAUAAGGAUAGGACCCCCCUCGAUUUCGGACCUUCUGGCAAAAUACGGAAAGAUAUCGAAAAUCUGUAAGUGCCAUUCGAUUCAGAGUACAAAACAACCCCCAGAGCCAAACUUUCAUUAUCCUAGCACUUUUUCUACGAAAAUGCCAUCGAAAAAACGGUUUUUCGACCGUUCAAUAAGGAUAGGACCCCCUGGAAAUUUUGACUUUCAUUGGUGGUUUUUUUGGUCAAUUUCUUUUUCGAUGAGUGGUUUUUUUGUCCUCAUAUCAUUUUUUUCAUCAAGUUUUUCUACGGUUUUACUUUCAUAUCUUCCAGGUUUAAAAAAAUAUUUUUAUAUCGAAAAAUAGGGAAAAAAAUGACGUUUUUUUAGGUUGCAUCAUAAUAAUCGAGCGAAUGAAUUUUUUUCCAGUACUUUGAAUGAACUUACCUUAUCAAAAGAGACAUUUUUAACAUUUGGAAAAAAACAAAAAGAAGUUCGAAAAAAACAUUCGUUUUAAAAGUUAGAAAACCAGUUACAAGAUGGUGUAUCGUGACCAAAUUUCAGACUGUCGUCGUUUUCGACCGUUUCUCUUUCUGUAUGUAGUCGGAAUGGCGAUGUACUUUUUUUAAAGGAUUUGUGAAGGUACUAUCAACAUAUUUCAUCAACAAGAUAAUCUAAAAAAAUUAUAUUUACCACGUACAAUGCCGAGAAAAUGUGGAGAGAAAUUGGUACCCGCGCUUAUCGAAGGUAUUGUUUCAAAUAGAGCGUUUGGCGGGUUUUUAGUUUGUCAACAAAAUAAAGCAUUACUGAAAAACGUGCAAUAAAAACAAUUUUUGAUUAGAAAUAAAAACUUUUUUUAUAUGAUUUAUUUAUACAGUACCGCAAAAAGUUCGAGUAGCAGUCGAAAGGGUGUUUAUUCCUUUGAUUUCCGAGGAUCGCCAAUUUUUAUCCAAUCCAACUAAGUGUCUUUUUGUGAUGGGAGCACCUUCACAAAUCCUUUAAAAAAAGUACAUCGCCAUUCCGACUACAUACAGAAAGAGAAACGGUCGAAAACGACGACAGUCUGAAAUUUGGUCACGAUACACCAUCUUGUAACUGGUUUUCUAACUUUUAAACGAAUGUUUUUCGAACUUCUUUUUGUUUUUCCAAAUGUUAAAAUGUCUCUUUUGAUAAGGUAAGUUCAUUCAAAGUACUGGAAAAAUUCAUUCGCUCGAUUAUUAUGAUGCAACCUAAAAAAACGUCAUUUUUCCCUAUUUUCGAUAUAAAAUAUUUUUUAAACCUGGAAGAUAUGAAAGUAAAACCGUAGAAAACUUGAUGAAAAAUGAUAUGAGGACAAAAAAACCACUCAUCGAAAAAAGAAAUUGACCAAAAACCACCAAUGAAAGUCAAAAUUUCCAGGGGGUCCUAUCCUUUAUUGAACGGUCGAAAAAAACCGUUUUUUCGAUGGCAUUUUCGUAGAAAAAGUGCUAGGAUAAUGAAAGUUUUGGCUCUGGGGGUUGUUUUGUACUCUGAAUCGAAUGGCACUUACAGAUUUUCGAUAUCUUUCCGUAUUUUGCCAGAAGGUCCGAAAUCGAGGGAGGUCCUAUCCUUAUUGAACGCAGUGUAUGCUUUCUAAAAUGCGAAAAAAAAUGAACGUGAAAUAAAAUUUUCGUGAAUUUUGAAUUAUCAGCACUACGAAAAGAGAUUUUACCUUUUGCUCGUUCUGGAGUUUCUGCAAACGUAAAACUUCGCAAGAAAAAACAUUGUAAAAUAUUCCUCUGAAAAAUAGUAAGUUUUCCGUGGUUUAUAGAAUAUUUUCUCACUAAAACGAAGACUUUUUUAGACCAAGUUUAAGAAAAAUUCUCACAAAUUUAAAAUGACCUUUUUUGAGACUGAGAUUUUAUUUUCCAGGUCGCGAAGUGGCAGACGUACAGGCAGAGGUGAAGUCUUCGAAAGAGCCUCUGAAAGUACCUCGGAAUAGAAACCGUCGGUCGGCCUCCGCCUUCUUCAGGACCUUCUUCGAACUUCUGGGAGGCGUUCCUCUCAUGAUCGGCGAGCCAAGGCUUCCAUCGACUUCUCUCAAAGGUUCUUAUAGCCGAUUGAACACUUUUUGCCAUGCUAUAAAUUGACGAAACAGAAAUCAUUUCCAUUUUCAGGCGACGAAGCAUUUUAUUUGCACAAUAAUCUUUUUGAGGCAUUUGGAAAAAUUGACAAAAAUCAUCUGGAGACUUUUCUCUCGGAAAUUGGCGAUUUGAAAAUGGUUCAUUUUUUAUUUUUUUUCAACCUAUUUUUGCAUAUCAUUCUCAGACUUGUUCUUUGUGCGAUACUGAUGGAAGUGAGGGUCUAGAGACUGACGAACUUAUAACUCACUUGAUAAGCUCUCUUCAUCGAAGAAAUGUGAGCUAUUAAUUUCUCAGUAGUUUAAUUCCAUUUUUAUUUAGCUCCUCCGUGAUUCGUCUAUAUCCUUAAAUGAUGCGGAAAUCUGGUUGAUUAUUCUUCGAGAGCUCGCUGAGCCCAUUGAAUGUUCAAUAAAAUGCAAGGUUUCGAUGGAGGCCUCGUUGGCUCAUUCAGCAAGUAAGCAUGUUGAUCCGUCAGGAGGAAUAACGGUAGGAAAGAAAAUUAAAAGGAAGAUCCGAAUCAAGACUGAAUUUUCAGGCUAGUUCCGCUGAAACAAACUGUUCUAUGGAUGAGCAAAGUCUGAAAGAUAACUUUCAAUUGAAAGUUAAAGAAGAUCCGGAAAAGGGAAAAGAGAGAAGUCCAGUUCUUGAAAAAUUGCCAACUCCUGAAGCGUGUGGCACUACUUCGAAAACUCCUGAAAAGGUGCGCUUGGCAUUAAUUUAUUAUUAUUAUUCGACUUCUGCAAAAAUGUUCAAUGAGCCGGGUUUUGUAAAAUUCCGAUUUUUCAUGUCAAGUGGCUCUCCAAACUUUUCUAAGUGUUUUAUUUUGGUGCAACUACGGUGGUAUGAAAAAAAGACCAGCGAAAAUUCAAACGGCGACUUUUUCCGAAUUUUUUUCAUACCGCUAGGGAACUUUCCGACGGCUACCUUUCCGACGAAUCUUUUUUCCGACUUUUUUUCUCGAUAAAAUCUUCGUUUUUUUAAUCUUUCUAUAUAAAGUAGGUAGUUGGUUGAUGAUUAAAAACACAAAGAAAUAGAAAAAUUUUUUUAAAGAUUUUUUUCGCAAAUUGAAAAACAUAAGAGAAAAAAAGUCGGAAAGGGAUCCGUCGGAAAUUUUGCCGUCGGAAAGUUCCCUAGCGAAAUGAAAAAAAUCGGAAAAAGUCACCGUUUGAAUUUUUCGCUGGUGUUUUUUUCAUACCACCGCAACUACAUCAAGUAAAUAAUGAGUUCUCAGCAAAUACCGGCAGAAUUUCAUUUUAAAUUAAGAAAUUCGAAACUUGAGCGACCGGAAAAUUUCCAAUAAGUAAAAAAACAUUUAAAAAAAAAAACUAGCUUUUUUCUCCAAAUUUUCAACAAUUCCUUUCAAUUUGAGCCGAAGAACCCGACUGGAGAACCUCAACCGUCUAAAAAUUUGAAAACCGGAAUCAAAAUUGCCCAGGACAUCAAUCUAGCGCUUUUCGUGGCGCAAACUCGAGACGUCGAUGAAAAAACUCGAAAAUUGAGUGGUUAGACACUUUUCCCAAUAAUUUUAUUUUCAAACGCUUUUCAGAUGAAGAAAGACAAAUCGCCUUGGAUUUCUUACGAGAAACUUACAAAAAGCACGGAAUGGAAAGAACGUCGAAGGCGAAGUUGAACGGGAAGGUAAAUGAAAGCCAUCGUGGGGGAUCCACGAAACAAAAGGAUUUGGUUUUUACCCGCAAUUUUUCAAAACUUAAUCAACCUGAACUCAACAACAGUUUGAAAAUUCAAAUCAUCGAAAAUUUUUUCACUGAAAAACAUAUUCCCAAAAUGUGUGCCAAAAAAAACUUGAGUUUUUCUGUCAUUAAAGCUUCACUAGAGUUAUUGAGGCCUCAAAAGGUUCGACUUAGUCAAAAUAUGAUUUAUGAAGCUUCUUUUCAUGAUAAUGAUUAAUUAAUUUUCAGUAAGGCACACAAUUUGGGAAUAUGCUUUUCAGUGAAAAAGUUUUCGAUGAUUCGAAUUUUCAAACUUUUGUUGAGUUCAGGUUGAUUAAAUUUUGAAAAAUUGCGGGGGAAACCCAAAUCCUUUUGUUUCGUGGCUCCCCCACGAUGGCGACUAGGUUUCCCGAGUUUUGUUGGCAUCCGAAGGAUGUCUUUGAAUAUUUUCAUGUGCUGGAAGCGGAAAAAUGUCUGAAGAAACAUGUCCAUGGAUAUAAAAAUGAAAUCUCAAAUUUUGAACAUUUUUACUGUCCGAAAAAAACAUGUCCUAGUGAUUUACUACCUUCAAUUUUUUUCCACAGCUCGAAACUUCUCAUUUUUACACUUUCCUAUAUGAAUUAUUUUCAAGGAAUCCUCUCUUCAUUAGGAUCUGAAUAUAGUUUUUAAAUACAGUUUGAACAAUGUCAUACGUUUUUUUAACUGCGAACUUAAAACGAAGUCUUUUCCUCCCUGGGGUUUUUGAAAAUGGCCUUUUUUCAAAAAAAAAAUUUUUAGUUAACCUAGAAUGGUGUAUGCCCCUUGUUAUGGUAACCGUAACGGAGACAAAAAACUUUGUUUCGACCAGAUAUUUUGAUCUCGAAAAAAGUUAUGAGCGGAAAACCUCGAAAAUUUCCAUCCCAGGGCAUACAAAAUUUUUCGGUUCCCGGACAUAGAUGUAGUAUGAUGUAAAAAGACGCGUUGAUCACGAUUUUGCUAGUUUCGAGCCAAAAAAACAAGAGAUAAAAAAGUUAUUCGGGUAACUUACCCAAAAUUACAUGUUUUUCGGAAUUUUCGGGUUUUAGAUGGAAAAUUCGCCUAAUCUAUGUUUGGUUCAAUAGAUAGAGUAUUUUUUUGUGGUUUUGAUGAAGGCAAGAGAGAACGCCGGUUCGCAACGUCAUAUACUGGUUUUGAUUUUUUUUUUUUGAGAAAAAUCCUCUAAUAUGAGCAAUGAUGAGCAAGCAUGAGUAAUUAGAUUUUUUAAAAUUGAAUAAAAUUAUUUUGUACCUUAUUACAAACUUUAGUUGAGUUUCGUUGGAUUUUUGUCGAGAUAUAGAUUUUCGAAGGGUCCUACCGUAUUCCUUCGAGCUACCGUAUCUCAAAAACGGCUCGAGUGAUAAUAUUCAAUUUUUCAAAAAAUCCUAAAAAUCAUGUUCUACAACAUAUAUGAUUUAGAGAAAAUUCUACAAUAACGUUAAUUUUUUUUCCAACUCAUCCUGAACCCAAAUGGCGCAGAACAAGUCUGCGCCUAAUAGAAAAUAGCAGAGCUGUUCUCGGGGCGACCGCGGUCGACCGAGGGCCCCCCGACUUGCGGCGUAUUCGAGGGCGGCCGCGGUCGGCCUUUGGUAAGGGUCAACUCGGUCGACCCGUAG